AUGUCCGCCAUCAAGAACGUCGCCCUCAUCGGUGCCGCUGGCGGCCUCGGCCCCACCGUCCUCAACAAGGUCGUCGCCUCGGGCGUCUUUACCGUCACCGUCCUCCGCCGUGAGGGCUCCAAAUCGACGUACCCCGCAGGCAUCACCGUCGUCGACGUCGACUUUGAGUCCCCCGAUGCCCUCAAGGCCGCCCUUGCCGGCCAGGACGCCGUCAUUUCUCUCGUCGGCGUCCCCGGCCUGGCCGCCCAGACGCAGGUCAUCGACGCCGCCAUCGCCGCUGGCGUGAAGCGCUUCAUCCCCUCCGACUUCGGUUCAGACCUCGACAACCCGCUGGCCCGCAAGCUACCCGUAUUCGCCCACAAGGUCCAGGUUGCCGACUACCUCGCCGAAAAGUCCCGCGAGACGGCACUCACGUACACCCUCGUCAGCAACGCCGCCUUCCUGGACUGGGGCCUGGAGAGGCACUUUCUGCUCAACACCGCCGACUACAAGCCCGCGCUGUACGACGGCGGUAACACAAUCUUCAGCGCCACCACCCUCGACUCUGUUGGCGACGCCGUCGUCAGUAUCCUCAAGCACCCCGAGGAGACGAAGAACCGCCGCGUCUACAUCGAGAACAUCAAGAUCUCCCAGAACCGCCUGCUCGCCCUGGCCCAGCAGGUCGCCCCUGGCAAGCCCUGGCUCCCGCAGCAGGUCAGUAUCGACGCCAUUGUCAAGGAAGCCGACGAGAAGCUGGCAAAGGGCGACUAUGCGCCCGAGAACUUUAUCCCGUACCUCUUCCGCGCGCUGAACGACCCGGCCUACGGCCCUAGCUUCCAGAAGACGGACAACGAGCUGCUGGGGAUCAAGAGCGUGGACGAGAACUAUGUCAUCGAACUCUUCAAGAGGAUAAUCAAGCAGUAG